AUGGCGCGCGUAGGUGUGGGAAACUACCGACACGCGUCGGAACACCGCAGCAUGAUGAUGUGGGACGGUUUUUUCAAAGAGGGCAUUGGCAGAGAGCAAGCCGAUCACGUCUACCAUCCGUGGAACAUCAACCGAGUGCCGAAACCAACCUACAUCGGAGCGCGAACAAGCGCAAAUGUACUAACUCUUUUCUAGUAUGCUGGCUUCUUCAUAGCUCCUUAUAAUUCAAAUGUAGUACUUGGUUUGCCCUGAAUCAAUCCUUCACUAUCACUAUCUAAGCAUUUUUGCUAUGACGCAGCUGACAGAAGUUCAUGAUUUUCACCGAAUUAGAGUUGAGCAAAAGUAAAAAAACUCCUCACACACAGGACGCACAAUUGUCAUGUUGGAACUACAAGAAGAAGGGCAUUGAUCCACCAUGGGCAGGGAAAUCUGCGUGCCACUCGCCACGAUUUCAUGGGCAUAGCGGCAUGAGCGUCACAAUGCUCAGUCUGAAGAAGUACUAGCCCUGGUUUUUUUAAGUUUACGUUUACUAGGUCUCUUUUCUGUUCAGUAUGAUGAUACGACAGAAGGCAUGACGACGAACCAUGCUGAGUAUAAUUAAUAGGACUGAAAAAAACACUAUCGCACAUAACAAUAGGGCACGAUCACAGCCCGACUUGCUUGCGCAUGACGGAAGGCACAUGCAUGAUCCGCAGCCAGUGCAGGAAUAUAUCCACACGGGAAGAAGCACCAUGAGCCAGCUCUCUAGUGCACGAUCGACAGCCAGAGGCACGAAGCCUCCGCGGGUUGCGCUCGCGAGAUAAGACUACGUUCAGUUCUGACUGGUUCAGCGAACUAAGGAAUGGAACUCAGGGCUUGUGGUUUAGGAGCAUGGAAAAAACCUUUUACGUUGCAAUGCCUAUAUCUUCUUCUUGAUUCUUGACAUGCACGACUAGCUGUAAAGUAAUUUGUUUGGGCGCCUCAGUCUCUGAGAAUGCGUAUCCAAUGGGGUUCUGAUUCUGAUAAUUACAUACUUCUAUCUAACAAAAAUCAACACCGAGUUAUCCAAACUAGUAUUCAUAACAUCGACUCGAUAACAAUAUACUUCUAAAAAAUCGUUACGAAGAUUGAACAGUAUUGAACAGCCGAAUUCAAAAUGUGUUAUAAACGAAUACGCACUACAUCUACAUAGCUGAACUGUAUCCAUAGAUCACAUCUUUUCAUUGUAGUAUCUUUUGUCAAUGUCGCCGAGGGAAGGGUUAUCAACAUUGUCGUCCAACAUGCAAAAUGUACAUUUACGAACUCUGGGAUAGCGUCCGCAGAUGGGAAAAAACAAGAGCUUUGUUACAACCUGUAACGUUUAAUUUGAAAAUAC